AUUGAGUGCUGGCGUAUUGUCAAAAAUCAAAAUAUUUUCCUCGAUGCCAUUUGGAAUUAAUAUAUUUUCUCUUCACAAAUAUAGACGAAGACGUCUUCACACGUCUUGGUAAAAGGGAGACAGAAAUAAUAAUAAUUAGUCAUGUAUUUAUCCGACAUAAAAGAAAUUAUAGAGAGCCUGGCUGUUGUAACUACUAUUUGUCAAUUUUUAUCGGGCAUCUUGGUAUGCAAGCAAUAUAUUGCUAAUCGCACUACCGGAGAAGCUUCACCAUUGCCGUUCACUUGUGGCAUGUUCUCAUGUAGCCUAUGGCUUUUAUAUGGACUUACAAAGGAUGAUGGGAAUAUGAUACUAGUCAAUUUAGUUGGAGUUAUACUUAUGGUCUCAUACACAACUGUGUUUUAUAUAUAUACUUUUAAGAAGUCCUUAGUUUUGCGGCAGGCAUAUACAGCGAUAGGAUUCUGUAUUUUUGCUGUUGGCUAUGUUAAUGUUGAAGAGGAUAAUGAAGUAUUAUUAAGUCGUCUUGGUCUCAGUGCUUGUACAUUGACUUUAUUAACUGUUGCUUCACCAAUGAGCAAACUGAUGUAUGUAAUAAGAACAAAAAGCACUGAAUGCUUACCAUUUCCCAUGAUAUUGAUGUCAUUUCUGGUGUCAAGUUUGUGGUUCUUCUAUGGUAUUAUUGAAGAAGAUGUCUAUCUUACUAUUCCAAAUUUUAUUGGUGCUGCUCUGGCAUUGGCACAACUGUCGCUGUUUAUAUUAUAUCCGAGCAAGCCAUCAUCACCUCUAUUACCAAGGUCAACUUAAGCCUAAAUACAUAAGUAUUAUAUUGCUAUGUACCUACAUAUGUGUAGAGUUAACCAUAUUUUAGAUAGUAGUUUAGUUUUGGAUCAAAUCCAUUGAAAACCAAGUGUGAGUUAGUUUAAAAUUCUGUCAAUGUACAAAUAAUUAUUUUUAUGUAAUAUUUUGAUUUGAUUUGAAUCGUAUUUGUUUAUUUUCACAUAUGACAUUUUAAUCUCCAUGACAUUUAUGUUACAUUAAAAAGAGGCAUUUGUGUUUAAUAUUAUUAAAAUAUUAUGCCGUGUAUAAUAUUUUAUUGAAUUUAGUUAUAUCAUAGAUAAAAGGCCGAUAUUGUAUUUUUUAUACAAAAUUGUAUGAUUUUUUUUACUUUGUGUUGAAUUUGUCAAGAAAGAGUUGGUACUGUGAUCCCCUCGAAGACAGACAGGGAAAUAGAAUCUGUAGUGUUGUGUAUUCCUACCUAUACUAAUUUUAUAAAAUUGCAUUUAUUCAUUAUCUUAUAUCAAAUAUGGGUAAUAUCAAACGUGACAUUUAAGGCUAUAAUAGAUUCAUUGAUAAAGAUUAUGUUUCAAAAUGUAAAAGAUAAGGUACAGUACAAAUCCAUGUUUAAACAUUAUUUGUUUUGUUAAAAAAUAUGUUUCGAUAAUUCUUAAUUAGUUUUAUAUGUAAUAUCUAAAACGCCUCAUGUUUAAAUUAAGUGCAAAUACAUGAUACAUUAAGUGAUAAAAGUAUAAUGUGUAUUAGAAUAGAUAUUUAUGCUAAAUUCUAUUUUUUAUAUGAUGUGGUUAUCAAAACGGAUAACAAUUGGUAUCAUUAAUGUAUUAAAUGUGUAGAUAGAGAGUUGUUAUAUUCAACAACAUUUUUGCUCGAAAUUGCCGCUAAGUCAGGCACGGCUGGUCGGCUUAAACGAAUAGAGUGAUCAACACUCCCAAAACUCAAUGGUUUCAAAGAGAUUUUAGAUUCUUUCUUAUGUUUUAAAAAUCAGUCGCUUGCGGCCAAAUUGUCUUGUAAGUUCUAAUCACUUCAACAUAUAACAUAAUAAACAUAUACAAAUCAGCACAUAUAUGAUAACAAUGUUUUACAAAAAAAAACCGCCUGCAAAUCCUCCACACCAAAUUAAAAUGGGGCCACACGGGUCCCCAGCUUUCAAAUAAUAAGAGAAUCAUCGAAAUCAAUUGACCCAGUCGAAAGUUUUUAGGUAACAAAGUCAAAAAAUAAAGAUAGGCGAAUUAAAUAAUCUCCUUUUUUAGAAGUCGUUUGAAAUUAUAAUAUUAAUAAGAAAACUAAUUAGUAAUUAACAACUUAGAAAUAGUAAUCAUUUUGAAAGAUUAUAUGGGUUAGCCUGACCAGUAGCAGUAUCUCCGCCGAUGUGGGAAAGGAUCCCAUAUGUUUAUUAUUAAUUCGGAAAACAGUAUUGUGAAUAAAAAACUGCGCCUUUCGAACACAUUCCAUCAAAAUAUGUUGUGCAUCUUUCUCAAUACGACAGUUCUUUAACAGAGGAGAAUUUAUACUUUAUUUAAAACCCUUUAUGUAAUUUGAAUUAUUCCGCCAUUAUGAACAUACAUCAAUAGGGUAAAUUUGAUCUAAAACAUAGGUAUAACAAAUUUUAAUAUUUUUUAUGAUGAUGCUGAGGCUUGUUGAUCGUAUUCUAGUCUCAUCAGUAUUGUUCAAAUAGUUACCUGAAGCUAUUUCCUCUAGAAAUCUUUUAAAAGCAUUAACUUGACCUUUCACAUAUUAUGAGUAAGAGUUACCUUUAUAAUAUACAAGAUUGUUUAUUAUGGAACUACAAUAGCUAGGUUGACGCGCCCGCGCCGCGAACUCUCUCGAAUCACCGAUCUCGGCACUGAGUACGCAAAACGCGCGCACAUACGUACGUGUUGUGCUUUGAAAUAAGAUUGCACCAUUGAUUAAAAAAUCUAUCGAUUGGACAAAAAACUAAAUCACUAUAAAGUUGAUGUUUUUUGGAAUUUGAAUAUUUGAUGCUGUUCUUUGGAAUUUGAAUUUGUAUAUUUUGAAAAAAAAUUAGAAUUGCUUAUAGCCUAGUUAAAUUUCGUUUUGUGUUAUCUAACCACCUACAAAUUACAUUUUUAUUCUCGUUGAAAUAGCUUCAGGAUACUGUUCUAUAAGUAUUUUCUGUGUGUCGAUGUUGUAGCUGCAUCUAGAUGACUAUAGUAAAUUUAUUUUUAUAAAGUAACAUUUUAAACAAAGAAAUUAGUCAAAGCUCUCCAUAUUAUGUCUAUGUAAUUGUAUUGCUCAUAGAAUAUAAGUAAUGUUGAUCUCUCCAUCCGCUGAUAUGUACUGCGUUUCUUGUAUGAACUACUAUUAACAAUAAUGAACGAGAACGAUUAAAUUACAUAUUAUAGCUCCUAUGUGGUUUCAACUUUUUUUGUUUUUUGGCCUUUAUUUUUUAUUGUAUUCUCCUUUAUGUUUUAUUGUGUUAUGUUUGAUUUUAAUGUUAAUAUUUAAUAUUAUUUGGACAUUCGUAUUAAAAACGACUAUUGUUAGUUAGGAAACUAAUACAAUUUAGAAGUAUUGUCAUGUGUAACCAGCAUUUUUCGAGUGGACGAAAUAAAAUAAGCCAAGAAACUA